AUGUCCGAUCGCUCCAGAUAUUACAUAGUAGGGGCUUUUCUGUUAGGAAUAGCCGUCACAGCUGCAUACAACAAAAGAUUGGUUGGAGAAAAAAAUGAUGCUGCAAAUAGUCACUCACUCCUUGCCCAACAGCAAAAUUUGCUCUUACAACUAGCAAAAGUAAAUGACUUAGAAGAGUUGAAGAAGGGCCUCUUAGGGAUUGAGCGUUCAUUAGAAAAUGGUAAAGGAUCUAUCAAGGAGGGCAUCGAAGGAUGCAUUGGCAACACCCCCCUCAUCAAGAUUAAGUCGCUUUCUGAAUACACAGGCUGCGAUAUACUAGCAAAAGCGGAGUUCCUCAAUGGGGCAGGUAACAGUCCCAAAGACCGAGUGGCACUUAGUAUAAUUGAAAUGGCUGAGCAAAAGGGGCUUCUUAUUCCACACUCGGGUGAUACCAUAUAUGAAGGGACAGUGGGAAGCACGGGUAUUUCAUUAGCAGCAAUAUGCAGAGCACGAGGCUAUAAAGCACACAUUUGCAUGCCAAACGACAUGGCAAUCGAAAAAUCAGAUUUGCUCCUGAAGCUUGGUGCUGAGGUAGAAAGAGUGAGACCGGCGCCUAUUGUGGACCAGAAGCAAUUCGUCAAUCUUGCACGAUCACGAGCUGAAGAACACACUGCCAGCACUGAAAAGCCGGGACGGGGCCUGUUUGCCGACCAAUUCGAAACAGAAGCGAAUUGGCGUGCACAUUUUACUGGUACAGGUCCUGAAAUCUACGAACAAACCGGUCGCCGUCUGGAUGCCUUUGUUAGUGGCGCUGGUACAGGAGGAACGAUUUCUGGCGUCGCCAUGUUUCUAAGAUCCAAGCUGCCUAAUCUCAAGGUAGUUCUUGCCGACCCUCCAGGCAGUGGUCUAUUCAACCGUGUCAAGUAUGGCGUCAUGUUUGAUCCCAAGGAGCGAGAAGGAACACGGCGACGCCAUCAGGUGGAUACGAUAGUUGAAGGCAUAGGCAUCAACCGAGUAACCCACAACUUUGACGUUGGGCGAGAAUUGAUUGAUGAUGCAAUCAGAGUGACGGACGAACAGGCCAUCUCUAUGGCGCGGUGGUUAGUCGAGCAUGAUGGAAUCUUUGUGGGAAGCUCUAGUGCGGUAAACUGUGUCGCUGCUGCGAAGCUCGCAAAGAGUCUCGGACCUGGUCAUCGUAUCGUCACAAUACUAUGCGAUAGUGGCGCAAGGCACUUGAGCAAGUUUUGGAAGAGUACCGAGCCCAUCGGUGGUGUGGACAGCGAUGUGUCCCUAGAAGCCAUCAUCAAUGCCUGA